ACCGAAUGAACGAAGAAGCCAAGACAGAUUUUUUGGCCGAGCUAGCGCUGAUGAAAUCCAUCCCGCCCCAUGUCAACAUCAUAACUCUACAUGGAAGCUGUACUGCUCACGAUCCAUACUUGAUGGUGCUGGAGUUUGCCUCACACGGAGACCUGAAGAAGUUCCUACAAGACCAAAGAAUGGAGCGCAACUACGCUAAUGCGGCUUUCAGCUCGUAUGGUGUUCGGCCGAAGGUUACCGAAGAGGGAGGCUACUGUGUACCCCAGUUGUUAGGGGUGGAUAACCCCGCAAUAUCUGAACCGGAAAGAUACGUUGCCAUGGAGAAAUCUGAGCUGCUGACGUCACGGACAUUGCUGUCGUUUGCCCUUCAAAUCUGCAGAGGACUGGAGCACCUGGCCAACAACAAGAUAGUUCAUCGAGAUGUAGCAGCGAGGAACAUCCUUCUGUACGACCGAAAUGUCGUGAAAAUCUCGGACUUCGGUCUCGCCAGACGCGUUGGUCAAGCGGACGUCUACGAGAGGACAAGAAAGGGCCUUCUCCCAGUCCGCUGGAUGUCCCCUGAAUCUCUCUUCUACAACCAGUACAGUCAGAUGUCAGAUGUCUGGUCUUUUGGUGUCUUCAUGUGGGAGUUGGUCACGUUAGGGUCGACUCCGUAUCCAGGUCUACACACAGACAAAGUCCUGGACAAGAUCAAAGACGGCGAGCUACUUACCUGCCCACCUCACACCUCUGACGUUAUCAAUGACAUCAUGACCAGCUGCUGGAAGAACUUCCCCAACGAGCGCCCCACAUUCGCGCAGCUGUGCGCCAGGUUUGAGAAACUUCUAGAAGCGCAGGUGGAGUAUGUCGACCUGGAUCAGAUGGAGGAUCACGAGUACAGCGUCCUUGACGACUAG